CAGUUCGACCUAACAACCACAAAGCCGCCACUACAUCUACUUUACGAAAAAAACUUGACAAUUUUUUUGUCACCAAAGCCCCAAGUCGAAGUCUUUGUAGGCAGAAUGGCAGUGAGAUUAAAGCCUCUGCUUUCACUUCCAGUGCCUCCUUACCAUUUCAAUUAUUCUCCACGGCCCUUUGGCUAUUUCUCAAAGAAAUCCCAGCCCACAAUCUCUGCGUCGAAAAUGGCUACCAGUGGACCAGAUAAAACAGCUCCUUCUCCCACAAAAAUAAUAGAUUCACAUUUGCACGUGUGGGCAUCUCCUCAAGAGAAAGCUGACAUGGGUGAGCGAAAUUUUGCAUUUUUUCUUUCUUUCUUUGUGAAGGCUGCGGAUAAAUACCCUUACUUUCCUGGUCAAGAACCCACUUUGCCAGGACAUGUCGAUUUCUUACUUGAGUGUAUGAAAGAAGCAGGUGUAGAUGGUGCACUGAUUGUACAGCCCAUUAACCAUAAGUUUGAUCAUUCUCUGGUGACAAGUGUCCUGAAGAAGUACCCAACCAAAUUUGUUGGUUGCUGCCUUGCAAAUCCUGCAGAAGAUGGAAGUGGGGUUAAGCAGUUUGAAGAUCUUGUUUUAAAGGAUGGCUAUCGAGCUGUUCGCUUCAAUCCAUAUUUGUGGCCAUCUGGUCAACAGAUGACAAAUGAAGUUGGGAAGGCAAUUUUCUCCAGGGCGGGAGAACUUGGAGUACCAGUGGGUUUUAUGUGUAUGAAGGGUCUCAGUCUGCAUGUUUCAGAGAUUGAGAAACUGUGCACAGAAUUUCCAUCUACAAUUGUUUUACUCGAUCAUUUGGCAUUCUGCAAACCACCAACAGAUGAUGAUGAAAGUCUGGCCUUUUCUGAGCUUCUUAAGCUAUCUAGAUUCCCACAGGUUUAUGUAAAACUCAGCGCGCUCUUCAGGGUGUCAAGAAUGCCAUUUCCAUAUCAGGAUUUAUCCCAGCUAUUGUCCCAAAUUGUCUCCAGCUUUGGUGCUAACCGUGUGAUGUGGGGCAGCGACUUCCCGUUUGUUGUUCCUGAAUGCGGUUAUAAAGGAGCAAAAGAAGCCGUGUCUAUUAUUGCCAAUCAAGUUCCCUUAUCCUCGUCUGAGUUGGAGUUGAUCACGGGUAAAACGAUCAUGCAACUCUUCCAAGGCCAAUGGCUUCAGUCUUGAGCGAUGUAAUGUCAUCAACGUAAAAUGUUUGCAUCCUUCACUUUUGUUGGUCAUGUAAAACUAGAAUCUAAUGAGUCUCCGUUUAAAUGCCUUUUGUCUUUUGAUGCCC